UGUACUGAGUGCGGCAAAUGUUUUACACAAAUGGAUCAUCUGAAAACUCAUGAAAGGAUUCACUCAGAAGAAAAGCCUUUCACGUGUACAGAGUGUGGAAACAGUUUUACACAAAUGAAUUGUCUGAAAACUCAUGAAAGGAUUCACACCAGAGAAAAGCCUUUCACAUGUAUAGAGUGUGGAAAAAGUUUUACAGAAAAGAGUAAUCUGAAAAUUCAUGGAAGGAUUCACACAGGAGAAAAGGCUUUUACAUGUACAGAGUGUGGAAAAAGUUUUACGCGAAUGUAUCAUCUGAAAACUCAUGAAAUGAUUCACACAGGGGAAAAGCCUUUCAUAUGUACAGAGUGUGGUAAAAGUUUUAAACAAAUUCAUAGUCUGAAAAUUCAUGAAAGGAUUCACACCGGAGAAAAGCCUUUCACAUGUACAGAGUGUGGAAAAAGUUUUAUAGAAAAGAGUAAUCUAAAAACUCAUGAAAGGAGUCACACAGGAGAAAAGCCUUUCACAUGUACAGAGUGUGGUAAAAGUUUUACACAAAUUAAUAGUCUGAAAAGUCAUGAAAGGAUUCACACUGGAGAAAAGCCUUUCACAUGUACAGAGUGUGGAAAAUGUUUUACACGAAUGGAUAGUCUGAAAACUCAUGAAAGGAUUCACACAGGAGAAAAACGUUUCACAUGUACAGAGUGUGGGAAAAGUUUUACAGAAAAGGAAUUAGUAGGAAAACACCACAAAAUUCACACAGGUGAGAAGCCACACACAUGCAAAGAGUGCGGCAAAUGUUUUACACGAAUUAAUUAUCUGAAAACUCAUAAAAAGAUUCACACAGGAGAAAAGCCUUUCACAUGUACAGAGUGUGGUAAAAGUUUUACACAAAUUAAUAGUCUAAAAAUUCAUGAAAGGCUUCACACCGGAGAAAAGCCUUUCACAUGUACAGAGUGUGGAAAAGGAUUUACACGAAUGGAUAGUCUGAAAACUCAUGAAAGG